AUGCCGUCCGAGUCAAGGCCGAUCAGAGUCCCUUGGUUGGGUGCUGGCCCCGAUCCGGGCAAUGGCAGCUUCUUCGAUUUACCAGCGGAAUGGGGCUUCAGUAUCGACAACCUCUUGCGGGGAGACUUUGGAGGCCAUGGAGACAGGCAAGGUCUUGCUUUCCUGCAGACCUGGCUUUUCUUUGGUCUGUUGAAAGAAGCACUGGGAAAUCAGCACCGCAUUACGCCGGAACACUGGGUGUCUGAUUAUGGCGGCGAUCAGGCCAGGCAGAAAUACAUGAUUAGCCCGCACUUGAGCUCUUAUCUUCUCAGGAUUGAGCGCAGAUUGAAGAGUCUGCAAAGCCCCCGCCCGCCUUGGGAGUACUGGGAAGAAGUGUUUGGCCUCACAAUAGCCGUGACAGAAGCUUUUGAUCAGGUCUCCGCUAGACGCUGCACGGCUUCAGACAUUGCCCUCCAUGUGCCUCUUCAGAUCACAUGGUCGAUCCUCAUGCUUGGACAGAUUUUGGCCAACACAAUCAUGAAGUGCUACCAAGUCGAAGUAUCUGAUUUUCAACACUGGCCCGAUGGUACACUCCUUCACCUUCGCAUGAAUCGGCAAUGGGAAUGUCCGCAUCGAUGCAACAAACUCACGGCUCUCUUUGCAAUGGACGCAAUCUAUUCCUUGAGUCUGCUGUCCUUUCAUGGUUCGACGAGUGAGCAUGCUGCACUUCCACGAGACGCGCCCGAGGCUCUCUUGUCGUCUCUCUCUUUGUACGACGAAGAUCCUGCAGUUGGCAGAGGUCGACACCGCAAUUGCACGGUCCAGCGAUGCCUGGGCGAGAAGAUCGAUCAAAGUUCUUAUCGGACUGCUCACGUGCAUAACGGGUGCAGGUGCCCCUUCCUUGGUCCCAAUGUCGGGAAAGUGAUCGAAAUUCUGGAUGACAAAGAGAUUCCAGCGUUCGUGGUGAGAGAAUACACCUCUCCGCAGGGUGCUGUCAGUUUGUUCAUAGAUGUGGUUCGGGCAAAGGCUACUCCUGGCUAUGUGGCCAUAUCACAUGUUUGGGCUGAUGGCCUUGGGAACAGUGUCAAUAAUCAGCUUCCAAGCUGCCAAGUUUCUCGAUUGGCAGGUUUGGUGAGCACACUCACCGGAAGAGCGGCCCAGCCAUUCUGGAUUGAUACUUUUGGCAUCCCGCGCGACUUGGAGCAAAGAAAAAAGGCCUUGGCCGUCAUGGAGCCGACAUACAGACUUGCGGAAAAGGUGCUUGUCCUCGACGGGGGGCUUCAACAGCACCUCAUGUAUCGGACCAUCGAGAGUGAGCUUGUGACCGUCGACUUUGUGGAAGCUGAACAAACGCGUGCUGGAGUCGCCCUUGAACUUCUUCUGCGGAUUGUGUGCUGCUCCUGGACCUCACGGCUUUGGACACUUCCGGAAGGUAUGCUGGGUCCAGAACUACACUUCCAGUUUUCGGACGGCACUGUCGAGCUUGGAGAUCUGGUUGCUCAGCUCAGACCUUGGCCGAUUCUGGGCAGCAACAUUGUCAAAGACAUGAUCUCGUCCCUCAUCCGUCUACGUCCAAAGCUCAGGACCCAAAGUCGGCGUGGGUAUGCCCCUUUCGAUCCGCUCAUGCUCAAUUGGCCGCGAGGUGAUGCUUACGGUCAGUUUAUCACAAUGUUCCAAGCGCUUGAAUUCCGUGAUACCACCUGGAAAGAGGACGAGGCGACCUGUCUGGGCAUCCAUCUCAAUUUGGAUUUGCAAGCAAUUCUCUCACGAGAUUAUCCAGAGAGACUGGAAGCGUUCUUCGACCAGCUGGACAUGAUUCCAGCAGAUCUCAUGUUCACGCAUGGCGAGCGCCAGCCACGCUACCCAUAUCGAUGGGCCCCGCUCCACCUGCUCGAGUACAAGGACAAUUACGUCUGCAUCCCGUCAGCGACACCAGAAAGGCCCGCAGGUGUUCGCACUGAUCGUGGAUUACUCGUUCAGCUCAACUGUGUCAAGCUUUGGACAAAAAAUGAACGUGUACCGAACACCGAGUUCAUCUUCUUCUCCGUCCAAGCGACGUCCGACCAAGGUGUAGAAUAUCCAGUCAGCUACGGCAUGCAGAUUGCUGCUCUGGAUCCCCGAGACUCACCAAGUUGGAGGCGGAGCAAGACUCACCGAGUCCUUGCAGAGGGAGGCGCAGCAGCCGAAUGCCUAUACCUUAUACAAGGUCCCCACGGAGUCCAAGGACCACCGGCGGUCGCAGAGCCCGGCUACGUGGGAUUGAUCGUGCAGCGAGUCGGUGAGGAAGACGACUGCAUUUAUGGUGCGCCCUUGGACACUGUUGUCGUUUUCAAGAUGCCUGGUAGCAAGACAGUCAAGCCGGGCUCAAACAACGAUCGUUUUGCGCACUGGCACGCAGAGGAGCUGCUCCAAGAGUGCUUGUGCGUUGGAUAG